AUGUGUAUCACUAUUUAUACGUGCCGUAUUUUCUCCGCUUUAUCUAUCUAUCUAUCUAUCUAUCUAUCUAUCUAUCUAUCUAUCUAUCUAUCUAUCUAUCUAUCUGAGUUUGUUCAUGAUCUAUCUAUCUAUCUAUCUAUCUAUCUAUCUAUCUAUCUAUCUAUCUAUCUAUCUCAGUCUGUUCCUGUAUAUCUGUAUAUCUAUUUCAAUUUGGUUAUAUUGAUCUAUUCUCGGUUUGUUCAUAUCUAUCUAUCUAUCUAUCUAUCUAUCUAUCUAUCUAUCUAUCUAUCUAUCUAUCUAUCUAUGUCUGCCCAUAUCGAUCUAUACUCAGUUUCUUCUGAUCUAUCUAUCUAUCUAUCUAUCUAUCUAUCUAUCUAUCUAUCUAUCUAUCUAUCCUCUCAGCCUGUUCCUGUAUAUCGAUUUCAGUUUGGCUAUUCACAUCUUUCUCCUUUUAUUUAUUACAUUUUAGUGAUAGCCUCGUCUAUUAUUAUCCUUUUUCUCUUUCAUAUUUAUCUGGUUUGUCGUUAA